UUCCCAUUACCUUCACAUUUCUAGAGAGAGAGAGAGAGUGUUUCUGUGUCCGUUAGAUAAAUUUUGGAGAUAGAAAAUUUUGGGGGUUUGGGUUUCGGAGUUAGAUAUCAAAUAUGUUGGGAGUGUUUAGCAGUUCAAUAAUGUCGCCGCCGGAUGAGCUGGUGGCAGCAGGUAGCCGGACACCGUCGCCGAAGAUCACAGCGGCGGCGCUGGUGAAUCGGUUUUUACAAACCAAUUCCUCGGCGGUGUCGAUGCAGAUCGGCGAUGAUGCCCAGUUAGCUUAUACUCAUCACAACGAGUCACCUUUACACCCCAGGUCAUUCGCAGUUAAGGAUGACAUAUUUUGCCUGUUUGAGGGAGCACUUGAUAAUCUAGGGAGUCUGAAGCAACAAUACGGGCUUUCAAAGUCUGCAAAUGAGGUGGUUUUGAUGAUUGAAGCAUACAAGGCGCUUCGUGACAGGGCACCUUACCCUCCAAACCAUGUUGUUGGCCACCUAGAAGGGAAUUUUGCAUUUAUUGUCUUCGACAAGGCCACCUCCACCUUGUUUGUGGCUACUGAUGAAAAGGCUAAGGUUCCUCUAUAUUGGGGAAUCACUGCUGAUGGAUGGGUAGCAUUUGCAGAUGAUGCUGACUUGCUUAAAGGUGCUUGUGGCAAGUCCCUUGCAUCUUUCCCUCAAGGUUGCUUCUUCUCCACAGCUUUGGGUGAACUGAGAAGCUAUGAGAAUCCAAAGAAUAAGAUCACUGCAAUUCCAGCUAAAGAGGAAGAAAUAUGGGGAGCAAAGUUCAUGGUGGAAGGGCCAGCAGUAUUUGCAGCCACAAAAUAGAAGUUCAUAAUCUCCUCCACCUGCAAUGUGCAAGUUGCUGCUAAAAGACAGGAAAACAGUGGAAGGGGGAGUGGAGAGGGAGGGAGGGAGGGAGGGAGGGGGUUGAUCUCUGGGACCAUGUAAAAAUUAGUGGAGCUGUCUUUCCCUUAGUAGCUGUUGUUAUUACUUCCUUAAAUGAAUGAAUGAGGAUGGUGCCGAAUUAGGUACUGUUAAGGUUCUAGAGUUGUUUGUUUGCUUGCCUAAGUAGUUCCUUCUCUUCUCUUCAUGUAGCGGUUCGCUGGUUCCAAUGCCUUGCUUCCUUUGGAAUUUGUACAGUUCACCUUUUUUCUCUAUAAAUUACUAAUAAAAGCUCAGUUUACCUUUUUUUUUUUUU